UUAAGAAGAAGAAGAGAUCUAAAGAAAAGAGAAGCACGCGAAAAUUGUAGAACUUAAAAAAUCGAUUAGGAAAAUUCUGCUAUUAUUUUCCAAAAUUAAUUUUGUUUGCUAGUAACAAAGAAAUUAUAUUAAAAAUAAACAUAUAUUUUGAAAGAUUAUAAUAAAUAGUUUAGUUUAAUGCAAAUUACGCUGUAGCAGUAAGGUGACGGCAAAUAAUUGGCCGGAAAAAGUGGAAAGAAAGCAAAAAAACAAGUUUAGAAAAAAAAUGUCGAGUGCUGGUACCGGAACAGGAGCUGGCGUUGGUGCCGCUUUCGGUGAUAGCGAAAGCCGUCAUGCGAGUUUUGGGCAACGCAGCCCGGAACGCUCAUCUGGCGGUGGAGGUUCCGCAGCCAAGAAGAAAUUGGGAACUGAAAUAGGCAAGGCUGCCGCCGAGAAAUCGCGAGGUCUUUUCUCAGCUGAGGAUUGGCAAUGCAGCAAAUGCGCCAACGUAAACUGGGCUCGUCGACAAACUUGCAAUAUGUGUAAUGCACCCAAAUUUAGCGAUGUCGAAGAGCGUACUGGUUAUGGCGGUGGCUAUAAUGAUCGUGGUGUAGUCGAAUAUAAGGAUCGCUCUGACUCCGACAGUGACUAUGACGAAUAUGGACGCUUGAAAAAGCGAAAGAUGAAAGAUAAUGAAAAAUCCAAUGACGAUGAAAAAGAAUAUGACGAUACAGACGAAGAUGCUCUCGAAGAAGAGGACGACGAAGAAGAUGAUGGCGGUGAUCUUUCGAAAUAUGAUUUGUGGGGUGACGAUGAAAUAACGCCAGUUACCUUAGUAACACCUGGAGGAGGAGAACAAAAACCCAAAUCAAGCACAAAGUCCUUAGAGCAACGAAAAUCUCGUUCACGUAGUCGCUCACGUUCUCGUUCACAUUCACGUUCACUGUCGCGGUCUCGCAGCGGUUCAAGAUCCCAAUCAAGAUCUUCUACAUCUUCCAGCUCAAGUUCUUCAUCAUCAUCUUAUACUUCAAGUACCCGCUCAGGUUCCAGUUCUGGUGGUUCUCGUUCGGGCAGCCGAUCAAGAAAAUCACGUCAACGCAGUACGUCCAAGGAACGGAAGACUACACAGUCAAACAGCCUUAAAUCUGCACCAUCCACACGUAAGCGUUCACGUGAACCUUCCAAAACGCAUUCACAGACAUCACGAACCUCUUCACAUAUGUCCGGAAAAGCCGGACGUAAUAUAUCUAAGUCAAGAUCACGUUCACGAUCAUCUUCUCGUUCAUCAGUAACAUUGGCAAAGCGUAAAAGGCGUACCUCCCAGUCACCAACGCUUUCCAAACAAAGACGCGGUCGCAAUCGUUCACGAUCUCGUAGCAGCUCGAGAAACCGUCACUGAACGCAUAAUACUAUUGACAUCUUAUAAGUAAAAAAUUGAAUGCAACCGCAUUCCUUAAUUACUAUUGCGUCUUCUAUCACAAUCUAUCCUGAUUAAAAUUAUGUCCCUAGAGGAUAACGCCUGUGCUUGGAGUAUAUACAUAAAUAGCAGUUGUGUAUUGAGAAAUUAUAUAGACGUUACUAAAUAAUAUUUUUAUCUUCACAAUUUAGAUUUUGCACAUAGUUAUUGUUUGUUCAAUUAUUCCUUUGUUCAUACAUAUAUUAACCUGAAGUGAUUUUAUUCCUAACUAUUUUGGUAUUUUAAGAACAAUAAAAUAUGCAUUAUAACUUAUAUUAGUACUUUAAUGAACGUAGCUCAUUGCAGUCAAGCUACUUCAAUUAUUUAUGACUUGUUCUUGUAAAAUUAAGAGAAUUUCACAUAGCUUUUCAGCUCUAACGUAAUGUAUUAGUUUACUACUACUUUAAUAGUGUAUGCAGAAAAGCUUCAUAUGAAGUACUUGAAUUGAAAAUGAUAAAAUUAUAUCCAAGGUCUUAUCCAUGAUAUGCAAUAAAUACUAUAAUUUAAAAGACA